AUGUUUUCUCCCGUGCUCAAGAGAAGUCUUACUGCCGCUGCUGCUGGUAGCGCAUGGAUCGCAACUGCUUCUACUGCAUUUGCUGAGGAAAAGAGAGCCAAGCUCAGUAUUUACGACGAGCCUGAGCCAAAGGUUGUUAUCAUUGAAUCACCUACCAAACUUGAAGAGCAAGUUUACAUUGCUCAAAAAUAUGCCAACGAGACUUUAGAGGAGGGAAAGACUCAUGUCAAUGGUUGGGUACAAAAAUACCAAGAAUUAGAAAACCAAGUUACCGCUGAGAUCAACAGCACCAUUGAUAAAAACGAAGAGAUCUUCCCCAAUGUUGUCUAUGUUGGUGUUGCCGCUUUAGCCGGUACCAUCAUUGCUCGCAAUAGAAACAUUGUGCUUCGUUUCUUGACCUCCACCACAUUAGCCAUUGGUACCUCAUACUACCUCCUCCCCAAGACCACUCACAAUGUUGCAGUUCAAUUGGAGAAAUUAGAACGUAGAUAUCCCCAAAUCCAAGCAGCACAUCAGAGUGUCAAUGACGCUGUUGGUAAUGUCCACAAACAAAUUGACGAUACUGUAUCCCAAUUGCGUGGUGCAGUUGACGAGAAUGCCAGCAAAUUGCGUCAACAAAUCCAACAAAAUACUGAAUUCGUCAAGGAUCAAGUUAACAGCGCUGUUGGUUCUACUGAAACCGAGGCAAAAGAGAAAUACGAUCAAGUCAAGAAGAACGUUGAAAGCAUGUACACAACAAGAUCAAAGCCUGGUGUUGAUGAGGUUUUGAAGCAAGAGAGAAACUAA